AUGCCGGUCAUGAAGGGGUUGCUGGCCCCGCAAAACACCUUUCUGGACACCAUCGCCACCCGCUUUGACGGCACCCACAGCAACUUCCUUCUGGCCAAUGCACAGGGCCCACGGGGCUUUCCCAUCGUCUACUGUUCUGACGGCUUUUGCGAGCUCACAGGCUACGGCCGCACUGAGGUCAUGCAAAAAACGUGCAGCUGUCGGUUUCUCUAUGGCCCAGAGACCAGUGAGUCAGCCCUGCAGCGGCUCCACAAAGCCCUGGAGGGUCACCAGGAGCACCGGGCUGAAAUCUGCUUCUACCGCAAGGAUGGCUCAGCCUUUUGGUGCCUCCUGGACAUGAUGCCCAUUAAGAACGAGAUGGGGGAGGAUGUGCUCUUCCUGUUCUCCUUCAAGGAUAUCACUCAGAGCGGAGGCCCAGGCGUUGGCCCAUCAGGACUGCAUGGCGACAGCAAUCACGAAAACUCCCUAGGGAGGAGGGGAGCCAGCUCAAAACCUCGGUCCACCAGGAAGCACAGCCGCACCGUUCUGCACCGACUGACCAGUCGCUUUGGUCGCCGGGGCCAGGGAAGCAUAAAGACCAGUAAUAACGUGUUUGAGCCAAAGCCAUCAGUGCCUGAGUACAAGGUGGCCUCCGUGGGGGGGUCCCGCUGCCUCCUCCUUCACUACAGCGUCCCCAAGGCUGUGUGGGAUGGCCUCAUCCUCCUCGCCACCCUCUACGUCGCGGUCACCGUACCUUACAACGUCUGCUUCGCUGGUGAUGACGACAGUCCCGUCACUUCCCGGAACACCCUUGUCAGUGACAUCGCUGUGGAGAUGCUCUUCAUCCUGGAUAUCAUCCUGAACUUCCGCACCACCUACGUGUCUCAGUCGGGCCAGGUGGUCUCUGCUCCACGGUCCAUUGGCCUCCACUACCUGGCCACCUGGUUCUUCGUGGAUCUUAUCGCUGCUCUGCCCUUUGACCUGCUUUAUGUCUUCAACAUCACUGUGACCUCUCUCGUGCACCUGCUGAAGACCGUGCGGCUGCUGCGGCUGCUGCGGCUGCUGCAGAAGCUGGAGCGGUAUUCGCAGUGCAGCGCGGUGGUGCUCACGCUGCUCAUGUCCGUCUUUGCGCUCCUGGCCCACUGGAUGGCCUGCAUCUGGUACGUCAUCGGGCGCCGGGAGAUGGAGGCUCAUGAUCCGCUGCUCUGGGACAUUGGCUGGUUGCACGAGCUAGGCAAGCGCCUGGAGGUGCCCUAUGUCAACGGCUCUGCCGGAGGCCCGUCUCGGCGCAGCGCCUACAUCGCUGCGCUCUACUUCACGCUCAGCAGCCUCACCAGCGUGGGCUUUGGCAACGUGUGCGCCAACACCGACGCCGAGAAGAUCUUCUCCAUCUGCACCAUGCUCAUAGGCGCUCUGAUGCACGCCGUGGUGUUUGGGAACGUGACGGCCAUCAUCCAGCGCAUGUACUCGCGCCGCUCGCUCUACCACAGCCGCAUGAAGGACCUCAAGGACUUCAUCCGCGUGCACCGCCUGCCCCGGCCCCUCAAGCAGCGUGUGCUCGAAUACUUCCAGACCACCUGGGCCGUCAACAGCGGCAUCGACGCCAAUGAGUUACUGCGUGACUUCCCAGACGAGCUGAGAGCUGACAUUGCUAUGCACCUGAACCGGGAGAUCCUGCAGCUGCCAUUAUUUGGAGCAGCAAGCAGGGGCUGCCUGCGGGCCCUCUCCCUGCACAUCAAGACAUCGUUCUGUGCUCCGGGGGAGUAUCUGCUGCGCCGUGGGGACGCCCUUCAGGCGCACUACUACGUCUGCUCUGGUUCCCUGGAGGUGCUCCGAGACAACAUGGUGCUGGCCAUCCUAGGGAAGGGAGACCUGAUUGGAGCAGACAUCCCUGAGUCUGGGCCGGGGGCAAGCCCCAGCUGUGUGCUGAAGACCAGUGCCGAUGUGAAAGCACUAACCUACUGCGGCCUGCAGCAGCUGAGCAGCCGAGGGCUGGCCGAGGUCCUGCGACUGUAUCCUGAGUAUGGGGCCGCCUUCCAGGCCGGCCUGCCCAGGGACCUUACCUUCAACCUGCGCCAGGGCUCUGAAGCCAGUGUUUUCAGCCGCCUUUCUCGCUCUCCUCGCCUCUCCCAGCCGCGCUCAGACAGUCUUGGCUCCUCCUCAGAUAAGACUCUGCCGUCCAUUACAGAGACUGAGGGUGGAUCAGAGCCUGGGGCUUGUUCGAGGCCCCGCCGGCCCCUCCUGCUGCCCAAUCUUAGUCCAGCACGACCUCGGAGCUCCCUGGUCAGCCUUUUGGGAGAGGAGCUGCCCCCAUUCUCAGCCCUUGUCUCCUCUCCCUCCCUAUCCCCAUCACCUUCCCCUGCACUGGCUGGCCAGGGCCAAAGCUCCUCCCCACAAGGCCCCCCCAGGUGCUCUGCUGCCUGGAAGCCCCCCCAACUUCUCAUUCCCCCACUGGGAACCUUUGGACCUCCGGAUCUCAGUCCCCGGAUAGUGGAUGGCAUUGAGGACUCCAGCAGCACAGCUGAGGCACCUAAGUUCCGGUUCAGCAGGAGGCCUGAGCCCCCCAGACCCCGCUCGCAGGCUGCCCGUACAGGCCCCAGGCCCAGCCAGGAACUGGCCACCGAGGCAGCUGAGGAGGUGAAGGAAAAGGUCUGCAGGCUGAACCAGGAGAUCUCACGUCUCAACCAGGAAGUAUCUCAGCUGAGCCUGGAAUUGCGACAAAUGAUGGGUCUCCUACAAGCCAGACUGGGUCCUCCAGGCCACCCAGCAGUCUCAGCUUGGUUCCCAGACUCUCCCUGUCCCCAACCGAGGCCACCAUGCAUCUCUCCUUGUGUGUCUGGACGACCACCUGGCUUCCAGGAUACUACACUUGCGGUGGUCCACUGCCCGGCCAGUGUGGGGACAGUAGACAUGGGGGCUGCCCCCUCGGACCUGAGACCUUCCAUGCUUGCACCUAAUUCCUCGGAGUCUGAGACUCUGGAAUCCUCCCCAGCGCCAGAGGGUUCUCCCCUAACCCCAAGCCUCAUAAAGCACAGCUUCCAGUCUGGGUCCGACACAUAUCACUGACCCCGGGCCCAGGGCCUGUCUGGAGUGGGUAUCGCCGCCUGUCAUCCAGGGAGGAGCUGGGCCCCUUGGCCUCUUGCUUCUAGGACAGCAGCCACCAGCUGGUCUGGUAGGCUGUGGAUUCUCUGGACUUUUUAACAAAGAGUGGCCACCUCGAACCUGCUCUGUUUCCCAAAUCGUCCCCCAUCCCCUCUGUGAGGGGGAGCCACCUGAGGUCUUGGAAUCCAGCAGGCAUGAGAUGGAUCGUGGUGCCCAUUGGACUGGGCAGAUGAGAUGUCCCACUUGCCCCCCAGGACUUGGAGGAAGGCUGUCACUCAGGUGAUCUCUUCUGUGGCCAGCAACUCAAAAUACACCCAGCAUCACUUCCUAUUCUGCUCCCACCCCCAGACCUCAGCCAACCCUGUCUUCCUGCCUCCCAACAUGGUCUCAACUCAGGGCCUAGACUUUCUCAAAAACCCACCCUGGUCUCCAGCUUGCCUUUCAGACCCAACACCCUGAGCUCCCUUUUUGGAUAGGAAAUAAACUCAUAUUUUUGUA